UUCAACAAUUCCUCAUCACCACCACCUUUGAAUCUCAUAUUCUCAUACACCACAUAAAAAAAAUCUUCUUUUUCUUCUUGGAGCCAAACCCUUAGUGAUGAAGAGACAGCGAGGUAACGAAGGGUCAGAGAUCUUAGAUUUGGCGAAUUGUCUUAUGUUAUUCUCCUGCCCAGAAGAGAAAAGUUACAGGGGUGUGGAAUUCGAGUGCAAGACAUGCAACCGCAAGUUUUCAUCUUUUCAAGCACUUGGUGGGCACAGGGCGAGUCAUAAAAGGCAAAAGCUUGAAGGUGAAGAAGGACUGAAAGAAGAGGCAAAAACUCUGAAGCUAUGGAACAAGCCCAAAAUGCACGAGUGUUCCAUUUGUGGCCUUGGAUUCUCUCUGGGGCAGGCUCUGGGAGGCCACAUGAGAAAACACAGAGCCACCAUGAACCAAGGGUUUCCUUCUAUCACUCAAGUUAUUGCCAAAACUCCGGUUUUGAAGAGAUCGAAUAGCACCAGGGUUAUGUGCUUAGACUUGGAGUUGCACCUUUAGACCAUCACCUAUGAAGCCACCCUCACUUCAACUUUAUUCAUCAUGUAUUCUUUCAAUUUUUUCUGUAAAAAACUCAAAAUUCAUUCACUUUUUCCAUAUUGAUGAUUGAUUCUUUGUUCAUACCUUUGUUUCUUAUAAUAUAUUUAUAAUUAGUUAUCCAAA